UCACCCAAGCAAUGUUGUUUCUAAGCCCUGUAAGCUGGAGUCACAGUUACCAUGGAGAGUUAACUAAGGAUAUAAUUUAUUUAGUACGGAGCAAUGAAUGGUGCAUUGCUGGCAGUUUUAUGGAGCUUUGUCUUUGCAGCCUGGGCAGAUGUCGAGCUUCCACCUGGAGUUGAUCGCAGAAUGUAUUGUGAAAGCUGCUUAGCAACAGUUCGAGAACUGAAAAAAUCUCUGAGCACUCCGACUAGUGAGAAUAGUGGGACAAAGAUCAAAAGCCAGGCCACAAAGGUGUGUAAUGCUCUCACGUUUGAAAAGGAGAGUAUCUCUACUGACAAAGCUGGAGUUGCCUGUAAUCAUUUACUUGAUACAUAUGGAGAUAAAUUUGAAGAUGCCUUUCUAAAAGAGAAAGAAGAUGCCCUGGAGGGUACCAUAUGCCACAUUUAUACAAAGGCUUGCACCGGAAUCAAGAGAGAGACAUUUAAGGCACAGCAAUUCGAUGAUGGGGAAGUCGAGGCGUUUCUCCAGAAACAUGCCAGCAGCGUGCGUCGCACCAAGCCAGUAGUGCCGGAAGGCAUGCCAAGUUCACAAGGCAGAAAAGAAGAGCUGUGAGGCGCUGACUCAGUCUCCUGUUUUAUGGCCGGUGUAGCAGUGUCAGACCGUGCCUCAUCCUCCUGGCUUUCUAUAGUAUGUCCUGAACAGCCUGUGUGUUUAUGUUGGGCUACCAGGAUACCAGGAUUAAACCACACCCAGGACCAUUACUAGAAAGAUAGUCAGAACAGGCUCAAAGGCUGCAACACUGUAGUGUUCCAAACAACUGUGCUGCACUCCAGUAACCAAGUAAACUUGUUCAUGGCUUUAGUAUUAAACCAAUACAGUCAACAAAAUAAAACUUUUUUUAUCGUGGACCUGGACUUUA